AUGUCCCUGAAGUUUGAUCCGGAUGAUUCCCUCUUGAAUGCGUCCUGGGCCACUGUCCUUCUGAGCGAACGAGAUGUAGCUGGUCAGGUUCCUAUCAACUUUGUCACUACUUCGGCUAUAUCUCUCCGGGCAGCGUGCUUUGGCGACAACAAGUUCGGGCGGACUGCGGGUGGAAAAUGCCUAUCUAACCUGCUUGCUAUCGGCUACCGGCGUUUCAACGUCGAUCUGUAUUGGUCGCCGGACCAUUCGCGUUGGAUACUAUGCCCAGUCUCGAUUCCCAAAGGUUUUCUGGUUGUGACAACGACCCCUGGCGCUUCUCCAACUGCAACCGCAACUGCAGAGGUUGCUCAAGGUACGGUCACGGUGGAGCCGGAUGAGUCCACGGGAGAUAUACUUUAUGACCUUGGGCCCUAUAAAUGCUCGGAUGGGCUGGACCUAGUGGAUGUGUUAGAUAUUUUCCGCGAUUACUUCCGGUAUACCGAUACCGAUCUGGUUAUGUAUACGAGAUACCUGUCCUUCAACCUCCAUGCCGCCGCCGAACCCGCUUCUCCGGGUUCUCCCGCUUCGUUUGUUGAUAGCGGACAUCUUCCAGCCAAAACGCAUCGUGUCAGUUCCAUAUUGGAUGAACAGCUCGGAUCAUACAUUUAUGGCCCCUCCGAUCUGUCUAACGAUCGCCGUAACCUGAAUGAAUCUUGGUAUGAAGUUGACGAGACGUAUAAACCCAUCGUUGAAUAUUAUACCAUUGAGAAAGACCCUGGUGGUGUACAAAGCACGCCAGAUGGGUGGCCUAGUAUGAAAUACGUUCAAUUGGCAGCCGAAAAACGGCUGUUGGUUGAAUAUGGCUCUAUUGAUCCUCAGCUUAGCAGUUAUGAUCUCUCGCAAGAAAAUGAUGUUAUAUUUCCUCCCGGUUAUCUGACUUCUAUCGUGCCCGUCAGCGCAGGCGAUGAUGGCAGUCUAGAUACUGGCUGUCUAUACGAUCCAAAUACAACCGAUGUGUCCAAAGCCAACGCAUCCUGGGCAAUAGCAGACCAUAUCCCCAUUCCGCAAAGCUUCAGCGAUGCGUCCCUUCUAAAUGUGUCGGACCUAGUCGUGAACCUCACACAAUGUGGAAUGACCGCCACCCUGAACCAUACCCUGUUCGGCCUCACUGCGGACGACAAACCGGAUCCAUACCGCAACCUUACUCUAUCAUCCUCAUGGGCGUGGGCCUCAGGCCAGCCUGCAGCACGGAUUUCCGACCUCGAUUCCGCCGAAUCGGACGACAAACGUUGCGCCGUCAUGGAUCUCACCCUCGACGGACGAUGGCGCACCGCAAACUGCAGCGAAACGCACCGCGCCGCCUGUCGCAUAGACAACCAACCAUUCGGCUGGGCUCUCUCCACAAACGCCUUUACAUACGACGACGCAUACGACGACGCUUGCUCAGCUCACAGGGAAUUCUCAGUGCCCCGCACAGGUCUCGAAAACACAUAUCUGUUCCGCCAUUUGCUUUCUCUGUCACCAGAACUGGUUGACCCUGCAUCUUCCGACCCGCUCAAGCGCGAGGUUUGGAUCGAUUUCAAUUCCAUCGAUACGGAAACCUGCUGGGUAACUGGUGGCUCUGAAGCCAAAUGCCCUUAUACAUCGGAUCCGGACCAACUUGAAAGACGCACGGUCUUGGUUGCUGCUGUUGCUGGUAUAGUUAUUUGCAUAAUUGCCGCUUUGACAUUGUUCGUCAAAUGUAAUGCCAAUCGGCGGAACUCGAGGAGGAACAAGAGAGUUAUUCAGGGUUGGGAGUAUGAAGGGGUACCAUCUUAA